AUCUACUCCGCAAUUUCAUUCUUCACCGGUCACCAAUCAUGAUACCCUCAAAGCAUUCGAUAUCUCAUGGCUUUAAUCGUAUCGGAGCCAACUCUCUGACCCAAAUCAGGGUCCAUGGUCUAAGAAAUCUUCACUACAACCCCAACACAGUUACCGUGGCCCGAAGCGAGGAAGCCCACAGACGGGUCAUAGUAACACGUCGGCGACCACAUUGGAAUUAUCAACAGCGGACGUAUGCAUCUGAAGCGGGGGCUUCAAGGGUACUGCCAGGCUCUCCGAGAAAACCUCAUUUUGACAAAAUCCUUGUGGCAAACAGAGGAGAAAUUGCAUGUCGUGUCAUUCGAACGGCAAGGAAGCUUGGUAUACGAUGUGUCGCUGUAUACAGCGAGGCCGACCACGAUGCUCUACACGUCAAAAUGGCUGAUGAGGCUUAUUGCAUCGGGCCAGCACCUUCUUCCGAGAGUUAUCUCAAAAUGGACAAGAUAAUAGAUGUCUGUCAUUUGAGCGGAGCACAGGCUGUACAUCCUGGCUAUGGUUUCUUGAGUGAAAAUGCCAAAUUCGCGGAAAGACUAUCUGAAGAGGGAAUCGUGUUCAUUGGUCCACCUGCAAGUGCCAUAAUUAGUAUGGGCUCCAAGAGUGAGUCGAAGAACAUAAUGACAUCCGCUGGCGUACCGUGUGUUCCAGGAUAUCAUGGAGACAACCAGGAUCCAGAAUUUCUCUUUGAACAGGCGACUGAAAUCGGGUUCCCCGUACUUAUCAAAGCUAUCCAUGGCGGCGGUGGCAAAGGAAUGCGUACCGUUAUUGAAGCGACUCCUGACGCCUUUUAUGAGGCUCUUACCUCCGCCAAACGUGAAUCUCUAAAAUCAUUUGGAAAUGAUACAGUCCUAGUGGAGAAAUAUAUCCAACGUCCGCGACAUGUAGAAGUUCAAAUUUUUGCCGAUUCUAUGGGUGGCGCGAUCAGUUUAUGGGAAAGGGAUUGUUCAGUUCAAAGGAGGAAUCAGAAGAUUAUUGAAGAGGCACCAGCCCCAGGUCUAUCUGUUGAGCUCCGCGAAAGCCUUAGCGCCAAAGCUGUUGCAGCUGCCAGAGCUGUGAAAUAUGCUGGCGCAGGCACAGUAGAAUUUAUAUUCGACAAUGACACUCAAGACUUCUACUUUAUGGAAAUGAACACUCGGCUUCAAGUAGAGCAUCCAGUAACCGAAAUGGUGACCGGACUAGACCUUGUAGAAUGGCAAUUAGAGGUUGCGGCUGGCAACCCGUUAUCUUUAGACCAAUCUUCGGUUCCACUCGUCGGACAUGCAUUUGAGGCACGUAUUUAUGCAGAGAACCCUCGCAACAAUUUCCUUCCAGAUUCUGGACAGUUGCUAUACCUAUCGACCCCGACCCCGACAUUAACACUACCUCAGUCUUAUAAACCAUCGCCGACGUUGAUUUCAUCCAAUGUCGAGUCGGUCGCUCCUACCUUGGUGUCGUACGAAUCCGUGGCGCCCUCAGUCCGUUUGGAGCAGGGUUUUGCCCAAGGAUCGCAGAUUGGUGUUUACUAUGACCCCAUGAUCGCCAAACUCAUAGUUCAUGGAAAGGACCGAAGUGAGGCCUUGCGUAUGUUGCGAAAGGCGUUAGAUGAAUACCAUGUAGUCGGUGUCUCUACAAAUGUUGAAUUCUUGCGAACUUUAGCUGGAAAUCAAGCAUUCAUCGACGCAGAACUGGAAACUGGGUUUAUUCCUAAACAUUUCCACGAAUUGUUCCCACCAGUCACCGAAUCAGCCCCGGAGGUUCUUGCUCAGACAGCACUUUUUGUGGCCCUUCGUGACUACCCGAAACAGCAGACAUCUACUGCUCAGUCUCCCUGGACGUCAUUAGUCUCUCGGAGGUUCGGUGGUGAUGUGUAUGAACGUGUCAUCCAUCUUCAAGACGAUACUUCUACCGGUGAGGCUCAGCCUAUGGCCGUUCGGAUCAAAUCUCUGGUUGGAGGAUUGUUCGACGUCGAAGUUGAAACCUCCGGCACUCCAGUCAAAUUUUACGAUGUCUCAGCCAAACUUAUAUCCCCGACAUCACUUUCUAUCACCCUCAAUGAUAAACUCUCCAACAUAACCAUCGUUUCCCAACCUCCACCGCCCUCCAUCCCAGCUUCCCUUUCACAUAACACCAUGGAACGCUUACAUGUUUUCAGCGGAGAGCGUAAGACAACGUUAGUAAUCCCUACACCCCAGUGGCUUUUAAUGCAGGGAGGUGACGUUUUGAGCGCUGCGGCGGGAACUGGGGCAUUGAAGGCACCUAUGCCUAGUCUCGUGGUGGAGGUCAGAGUGAAAGUGGGUGAUAGGGUCGAGAAAGGGCAGGGUGUGAUUGUGUUAGAAAGUAUGAAGACAGAGACGGUUUUAAGAGCUGGAAUCUCGGGUAUCGUGAAGGUGAUUGGGUGUAAGAAUGGGGAAAUGGUGCAAGAAGGAAAGGAGCUUGUGAAUAUCGAGGCAGACGAGGAAACUAAACCCUGAACCUUGAACAAACAACAGACGUGGAUUGAUUUACGGAACCUGUAUACUACUGUAGCGUUGUAAAUAGUACCUCCAAUUAAGAGUAUUGAAGUUACGUAGGGAGAAGGC